CGUCUCCUCCUCGGCCUCGCCCGGUUACUGCUUUAAAGGAGGAGAGAAGCAAGAGUGUACAUGCUCUGUCUCUUGCUCUUGCUCUCUCUGAACCGGUUAAAGGAGAGAAGCAAGAGUGUACAUGCUCUGUCUCUCUUGCUCUUGCUCUCUCCGAACCGGUUCAACUUGGAUAAGCGAUGUAACUUGAUGUACGGCAACACGCAAGGAACAGUGGCACUAGUACGAAAGUACAAGGAUGAAAGGGUCGUCGGAGAAGACCGCGGCCCUAAGGUGUACAUCACGAGUGGCCGCCACAUUGGGCAAGAAGAGGCAAGUUUCCUUUUUUCACGUGCUUUUAUUAGUUGUUCUGCU